UGCAUAAAUAAAUAAAUGAACGAAAUUAAAGUGAAAAUUAAUUAAUAAAUCUCGUUGUUCAUAAUUUAAUUAGUAAAUUAAUUAAACAUAUCAAAAAUUUAAUUAUUCUCUAAAGAUAAAAGUGUAUAUUAUUUGUUUAGUUUGAAAAUUGAAAACCGCAGAAGAGAACUGAAAUUAAAAGCUCGAAAUGUUAUUGCAAAACUCAAAUAAAAUUUCGCCAUGCGAUUGUACGAACACCAAUGAUCCCGAUAAAGUUCAUCAGAAAGUUCAAAUGCUUUAUCAAUGGUUGACUGAUAAUCCCAAUAUAAAUGCCUGUACGGAUUUUGAAAAUUUAUCGUUUUUCUUGCGGAGCUGCAAGUAUGAUGUCGAUCGUACUAAAAAGAAGUUAAAAUGUUUCUAUCAAAUGCGUGCCGAACGUACCGAAUGGUUUUCAAAUCGUGAUCCAUUUUUGAAUGAAGUACAGGAACUACUCGAGCUGGGGGUAUUUCUACCCAUAGAUGGCGUCGAUGUUGGACAAAGAAAAGUUGUAAUCGUGCGAACUGCCGUUCACGAUCCCAAACUACAUCUGCAAAACAAUGUGUUCAAAGUAAGUAAAAUGAUAUUGGACAUAUUGUUAAAAAUGGAACCGGAGAAUUGUGCCCGUGGCAUUGUUGCCAUAUUCGAUAUGACGGGUGUCCAAUUGGGUCAUGCCUUGCAGUUAAAUCCAAAAAUGAUAAAGCGUUCCGUAGAAAGUUGGCAAGCGUAUCCAUGUCAACCCAAACUUUUGGAAUUCGUUAAUACACCAAUGCAUGUUAAUUUGGUCUUGAAUACAUUCCGCCUCUUUAUGACUCCCAAGAUGAGAUCUCGUGUGGUAGUGCAGAAAAAGGGCUGCAGUGUUAAAUGUGAUCAUUUACCAACAGAUUUGGGUGGUACUGGACCAUCAUAUGCCGAGUUGUCAUUGAAGUGGAAACGAUUGGUGGAAGAAAAUGCUCAAUUUUUUGUCGAAGAUGAUAAGUUCAAGAGUAAUUUAAGUGUUAAGAAAUAAUAUUAGAUUAGAAAAAUAAUUAAUGUUCAUUCAUGUGUGAUGAGUGAAUUUAAAGCAAGCAAGCCAGGCGAGUGUAAUUGAUUUAUAAUUAAUUCGAAUUAGAAAUAUAAUAGUGUAGUAAGUAUUUGUAUGUAUGUAUAAAGACAAAUGAAUUGUUAUCAUUUUUUAUGUACAUUUGUAUGUAUAAAUAUGUAAAACUAAAUAAAGUAACUACUUAUAUACAAAAACAAAUUCAUAGUUCAAAUUAUUAGGGCCUAAUAAAAUGAUAAUGUUUGACUUGAUAAUAAUAAAAAACGAAA